UUGGCACGAGCAGUCUGGACUCUUAUCAACAAUGGCAAAUUAGCCAAUCAGACUGGGAGAUUAGUGGCAAUUGUGGUAAGACACUAAUUAACGGCAAUCUUUUCGUCUGAGAAAGUUUUACUCUAAGAAUCGAAACGCCCCGGGACUAUAAACCUUGGAUUCCAACAACCUUUUUCCAAGUUUUCUUUGAACUAUUUCGCCCUCUGAACUUCUUUUUCAAAAUCUAACUGCGGAAAAGAUUGCUCUUUGGGUUCCAUACCGAGCAACCUUGCCUAGCAAGUGUUGCGCAUGGCAAAUAUAAUUAUGCAAAUGUAAUACCGUAUGUCAUACCGUACGUUUUUAAUAGCCUCCUCCGGGCGUUCAGUUAGUUGGGGCGAAAGAACGCCUGUAGGCAAAUUUAAAACAAAAGGUCCUUCCACACACUUAUAGACCUCCUACAGGACCCGUAACAUGACCGCCAGCUUGUGGUUUUCAGUUGUCAACAGGUCUCAGCAGAUAUGUUGAGAAGUAAUUCUCCGGGAUUGCAGAAAGAAAAUUGCUGAAAGCGCCAAGACUAUACAAACUAACGCUAGAUCGCCGACUGGAGAUGCUCCUUCCGCGAAGCGUGCUAACACUAACUCAGGAGAUCGACGGGAAUCGUGCAGGCCCGUUCAAGCCCGACCCAUUUUACACUGACCACCGCUAUAUCGCAUUUCACUACGCAAUGUAAACUUUAAUAAAAAAAUAGGACUGAGCGCAAAUUUGAAUAUUAUCCCACCUGUGUAAUGGUUUUAUGACAGCUUAGUUUUGACUCCUUUCCGUCAAUAUGCUAGCAUACAAAUACGUGAUAUAAACUCACGCAAGGUAGAUAUUUCGUUUCAAAAGGCAGCCUUGGCACGGAACAGUGAACACAUUACGUUUCUCUAAUCGUUCAAAUAACAAAGGUAGGUACAGCUCUUUAUUUCUUUGCUCAGAACCGCGUUAAAAAACUAUCUCCGUGUUUUUGUAAUUUUCCGAAUUUACGUAUGAAUAUCAUGAGUGAACUUCAGCUAUCGAUGGCAGCGGUAAAAGACAUAAAUUUGCAAAAAUCGAAAAAAAAAAAAAACUUCCUGUACAAACCCUACUUUUUUCGUGUUUAAAAUUCAUUUCCCGCCGGAUUCGAUGUACGGGGAAUUAUCUAGAAUAUUUCACCGAAGGAAAUUCAAGAAAAACGCAAUAAAGCCAUGGACACGGUAAAAAACUCGCUUGUUUGGGUAUUUUUAAUUCAAGACUAAAAGCCAAAAUUGUAACAGAGAUGAUUAAAUAAAACACUUCCAUCUUUGCAUAUUACAUGCAAUAAGUUUGAGAGGACUGGGUGUAAAAACGAACGUACAUUAUGGAGCCACCUUAAGAAGACAGGUCUUUCUGUAGGAAUCCUGAUUCACAACCAAACAUGAAACAUUAUCAAAAACAUCGACCGACAAUCCUGGCCAACAUUUCAAAUACUAUUUCCACUUUACUUAUCAUUUGUUAUUCAUUUUCAUUUGUCGACAAACUCACUUCUUGGAGUCAAAAAUGCGUUAAAUUUAAUUUUGUCGCCAACAAAGAGUAGAGAUAUUUUAAUCGAGAAAGGAAAUAAUUCGGCUAUUGAGGUGAAAGUUGCAAUUCCUUGCAACGGAGUUUUAAAGACUUCCUGUAAUAAUUAAACGAUGGGGUUGAGUUUAAAAAACGUUGUUAACUGAUAUCGUCGCAUUUCUAUCUAAGUGCUAAGAUGUUCACAAAACUAAUUUGCGGACUGUUCAUUAAGAUCGACGACAGAUCCUACAUGAAGACAUUUGCAACUUGAGUUUUAAUUAAAUUAUGAAUUACUUAUUUUUCAUGUGCUGGUGGCAAACCAAAUACGUUAUGUUUUUUUUUUCAGUUUCUACUGGAUAACUGUGUCUUAUGUUUCCUGUCUACAACCAUCGCUAUAAAUUUGGAAUAACAGUUUUCUUCUCGGUAAAACCUCGAUUCCUUUACUCUAACCUGGUCAUAGAAACACUUAAUGCGUUCGCCCGGGUUAAAUUCGACUUGCCAAGAGGGUCUUGGAAAAGUCGUUUUGUUUCCGGCAGCCCUCAUUGCGCCACCAGCCUGCUUGAACCCCGGCCCCGUUGUUUCGGUAAUUUUGACUCGAAAUCCCCAUUUCCUUUGGAUUUGUUCUUCAGUCAUUUACUAUCGGUUAUUUCGAACUAUUUUCCGUUUCCUCUGAGGGUUCGAAAUAGCGAGGUUCAACUGUGUCAAUAAAUUUUGCUAAGUUUAUUCACACCGAGCUGUCGUUGACAACCCUGCUCAAACCUCCUCGUAAAAAAGAGAGAGAGAAAAAAAUUAAUGUAAAGUUUUCAAUUCUUUCCUUUGUGAUCCAUCGGGGAGUUAAAAAAAAAAUACAAAAUGACCUCUUAAGUGUUUUUGUUGUUACUGAUUUUGUUUUUGUUUUUUAAUCUGUACAGUUAAAACUUGCGUACAGAACGCUAGAUUUUUCAAAGUCGUCCCCAAAAAGAUUUGUAAGUAGAGGAGUAGAGGACAUUACACAGGGGCGCGAAGCAGAGGUCUUGUUGCUCUUUUUCGAUUUCAUGCUGAAAUACAGUACGGUGCUUACAAGUACUGUUGGCGUCUUAUUUCCAAGCACACCGCCCGAACAUGGUAGACAGCACCAACCUGUCUUUGACCGUACUUUAUGUCAUAACAAUGAUCGUAGCUUUGGUCGGCAAUACACUGUUGAUCUACAUCGUGUGGAAAAAACCUGAAACAAGAAAUCUGACAAGUUUCCUGUUUGUGAACAUGGCGGUGGCUGAUUUGCUGGUUGCACUGUUUCAGAUGCCUAUUAACAUUACUCACUUUUAUAUCUCUGGAGUCUCUGAUUUGUUCUGCCGGUUUGAAUACUAUGCUCAUUUUGUCUCGAUGAUCGCCUCCAUUUUCAGCCUUACUGUGAUGGCAUUUGAUCGAUAUUUUGCUGUUGUGCACCCCUUCCGGCGGAGCAUUUGGUUCAGGAAGCCUAAGAUCAUUAUGCCGAUUAUUUGGAUCUCAUCCAUGGCCUUGAUGUCAAUCGCACCAGUUGCAUUCAGACUCGUCCGUGGCAAGUGUCGAGUUAAGGAAUCUCUACUUUUUCCCUUCUAUACUUACUUUUUUGUUGUCGGCUAUCUCGUGCCCCUCACUGUUAUCUCAGUUCUGUACACCCUAGUUGCUCGAAAACUGUGGCUCCACAAAGCGCCCGUGGAUCAUGACGUGAGUGAAAAUCAACGAGUACAGGAAAUCCCCAAGAAAAAAGUCAUCCGAAUGCUCGUCAUUGUUGUGGUAGUGUUCGCAGUCUGCUGGCUUCCACUGCACGUGUAUCAAAUGGACGACGGCGUGAGCAUGGUGAGGAACGGGCUCGAGCUUGGAGCGAUGUGGCAUCCUUAUAUAAUUAUCUACAUUUGCUUCUGGCUCAGCCAGGCUAACAGCGCCAUAAACCCGUGGCUGUACAUUGGUCUGAACGGAAAGAUGAAAGCAGCUUUCAAAAACAUGAUUCGGUGCCGCCAUGAAGAAAUUACUGGUCCAGGAGAACCAACUCAGUUAACCUUAAGAGAGACAGGAAGAAGCAGAGCGAGUGCCAUCUAAAAGAGCUCCUUGAUGGAAGCUACUGAUUGUAAAUAAAAGUUUGUUCUUCACCCAAAGUGAGUUUACCCUGGCUACCAGAGGUUUUUUCUCGAGCGCGGCGGACGGAAAAACUUCGCUUCGCUUCGAGCACGAGCGGCGAAGCCGCGAGAAAAAGGUUUUUCACGCGGGUCACAGUAGAGACAUGACAGACACCGGAAACCGCGCAAGAGAAAAACCUCUGGCACCCAGGGUAAAGUGAGCUCUACCGCGUAACCAGAAAUUCCGAACCGCGCGUUCGCAAUAGACCUCAAGACUUAGAAUUUUAACGGUAUUUUAAACUUGCUGAAGAAUAGAAUGAUCAGUAUUGGAUUCAUAUAAAACCAGUUUAUUAAAUUCUUACCAGUUUACCUAAUAUGUACAAAAUGCUGCCGAAGGGAAGGAGCAUGUAAGGAGUGUCAAUCUACAGCAGGGGUUUUCCCACACAGAACUCAGGAUCGUCGGAUACUAUAUCAUACUUCAAACUAUAAAACAGACGCCUGGUUACGUGUAAAAAUCAAAAUUUUGCUUGCUGUUGUGGCAAUUUACACAGUUAAACAUCAUCAGCAACACAAAACAACGUUGAACCUUUUUCACGAGUGAUUACAACUGGUUUACUUCUACAAAUCUGGUUUGAAAGCUUUAAUACUUUAAUACGGUAACCAAACGAUAAAAUUUUGAAAACUGACUUGUUUCUCUAUCACGGCGGGCGCCUUCUGUUAGUAUUAGUUGACUCCUCAAGAGUGUUUUGUAGGAUAUUAUGGACUGACGCUCCUGUUGUUCCCGAUAGCUUUACUUUCAUUGCAGAAUUACUUUGUUUUGGUAAAUCAAACACUCGUUGCAGUUUUCUCGGUUAUUACUUGCAGCGUUUUAUUCCGAAUCAAUGUCCUUUACAACGCACAAAAUGGCGCCUACCUAUGGAGUUCCGUUGGGGACAAAAACAUAUCGAUGAUACCAACAUGUUGAGAAACAUAAUACGGAAGUCGAAAAUUGCAAAAUGCAUCGAAGUUAAUAAAAUACAUAGUACGAGAUUUGCAAAAUAAAGAUGUUGACUAACGACGAAAUACUAAACAGAUGUCGUGCGCCCCCCUCCCCCCAAAAAAACGAGUCGAGAGAAAAAAAGCUACGAGUUGAGAAAACAGAAACGUGAGUCGAGAACUAGAACGCUGACCAGUUGUCUUCUAGUCUAUGGCUUCGUAUAAUACCUCGGAGAGAGUGGGUAAAGAGAUCCAAAACGGUGUUGCGUUGAAUUGGCUGUCCAAUCUUCCGGAUUUUUCCGUCUCCCUUGCUAGGCUUAUGGAGUGCUCGGAAAGGCAGCUAAAUUCAGCGUCACAUGACAGUUUUAUUUAGAAUUUUUGUUCGGCACCUUGACGAGUACGUGGGGACGCUUUCAACUCUGACUUCAACUGUUUGCUGAGAAUUACCAGACUCUUGGUUUUUAGCUUCACAUCAAACUACCAUUGCAGACCUCACAAACUUAUGCAAUCGUACGAUUGAUUCAUCGAUUGUUAUCGGAUAUUUUGUCUCUUUACAAGUUACACUGAUAAGACGUUUGACAAAAUUUGUCUGUAAUGGUUUUAUUGAGUCAUUUUCAUAUCUUCAAAGGCUGCUUAUCCUUUAUUUUCUUUUUAUAAUCAUCAACAAAAUAACAAGAAGAGAAACAACUAACGGAAACAUUUUGUGCUUAACAUCUUUCUUUGCUAGCUUAAAACACCGGAAGAAGAUCAGGCCAGAGUACCAUCUGAAGUCUCAUUGUAGCGUCGGCAUUAAGAUGACAGAAGAAAAAUAAACAACAGAUUCGGUAUUCUAGUGAUUUCAAUCAUUUGCAUUAGAAAACAAACAUAAGAAUAGAUCUCAGAGAGGCCAAAAGGAAGAUAUAAUCUAGUAGCAUAGCAGUAAUCACUUUGCCGCCCUAAAUUGACCAGGAACAAUACAUGUAAGAGAAGAAGUAGUUUUCAGGAUGCAGGUGAUAAUCUGCGUUUUACUAGUCUGCGUUCUACUGAUAAGUUAGCAAAAUACAGUCUGCCAUCCUGUAAGCACCAAGCUUCAAAAUUAAGAACUCACUUUAUCAGAAGUUAUCAUUUAUUUCCAACACCUAUACUCACACCUGUACUCCUGAAUUAAAAAUUAUCAAGUAAAUAACAGAAAAAGACACAAAACCUGUAAAACAUGAACAACAAGUUUAAGACAAUUAGAUACAUGUACCUACUAUUGGGCAUGACACCCAGAUAAUGACUGUGACAUCUUACUACCUUAGGCUUGCAGUGAAAUAAAAGCUCUUGUCUUCAAA